GUUCCCUUUUUUAAUCUUGAGUCGGCAGCUUCCAAAGCAUCUGGUAUCAGGGAAUCAAGGUUUUGGAUACGGAGAGGUCAACGAGUGGGAAUCUCUGCGGAGCAUCGAGCUGGUUUGCAUAAGGUCGGAAAAGCUUGUUUCUCAGUAUCAAACGACAAUGAGUUCCGCGUCGUAUAUUCCGCCUAGCGCAGAGAUGCCAUCCAGUGAUACUUUCCCGAGGAGAGACUCUCACCCCGGUCGAGGUGGCAAGGGAAGUCGACGAGGUGGAAAGAGUGGCUACGAUCCAGAACGAAGCUCGUAUAGUUACAUACCUCCUCCUCACCACAAGCUCGCUAAGGCAUCUCUCAAAGACCACGCAAAUGAGGCAUAUAGCGAAGAAACUGGCCCUGUUUCGCCAAUUAAGCACAGCAGGCAACAUAGUGGAAGCAGCGCAAGACGAGGCAGCCACGGUACGAACGAAGGAUCUGGAUUGCAAAUGACGGAUGGACAUGCCUCUGGAACAUCUGAAAAGUCUCCGGUACAUCAGUCAUCAAAGAUCCAAUCAUCAUCUAACACGACAACACGUCAAAACACCAAGAACAAGAAGAAUGCUCAAAGAAGAGAUUCGCAAGGGCAUUCUCCUCCUAUUCAGGCAGAGCUGGAGACCAGCAAUGUGGGUGAAAAUGGAACGACCGGACAAGGUGCGUCUGAUCCCAAGAAAUCAAGAAGAAAGCGACAUCAACGGAAAUCGACUGGCUCCAGAGAUGCGUUGGACGUGGAAGUGCUGGAAGGAGACGGUGCUCUCCAAAGCGAAAACCCCUUUACUGAGAGCAAGCCCUCUGUACCUCCUUCAGAUGUCAAAGGUGUAGAGGGUAUAGGGCAGAAAAAGUCACGCAAUCGAAAAAAGAACAAGCAAAAGCAGGCACAACAUUUGGAUGAUCAAGAAACACCUAUUUUGGUGAUCGAAAGCCGUACCCUUGCUUCAGGUGGAAAGCUUCUUGUUACCAGAUCCUGUUCCACCUCUCCUCGGAGUCCUGGCAAUCCAGAUGUCAGUUACAGCGAUGGUACACCCGCUCCUCCGUCGACGCUCACCAACGCGGGUCCACCUACUUCUUCAAGGAAACUCAAGGAUGUGCCCAACAACCCAGCGCACGAUGCAUGCAUCCGGACACCUGGCAGAAAGGACGAGGAAGAAGAAGUAAUUGACUAUGCAGACUUGACCGCAUUGAGUGGUCCUACUCCCAGCAAGCGACCCAUUCGCAAAGCAAAGUCUCAUCAAAUUAUUCGCCACGAAGGUUCUCGUAAUGAGGCGGCCAGUAAUAAUGGAAAUAUGAAAUCCCACGGCCGGCCAUUCACAGCGGGGGAUGGUUCGAGAAAAGAAAAAACUCUAUCUGGUGGGAGAACUGAUAUGGGUAAAGCAUUGGCCUACGGGUUAGCACCGGAAACACCAAAAGGCAAUCGAGCAGGAAUCCAACCAUCGCCGUCUAUACGUCAAGCCAAAAGCCAUGAGCAUAUCAAUAGGAGCGGCGCCGACGACGGUGUGCGCCGACGGGGAGCAUCAGCUCGGAACGAAACGCCCAGAAAGAAUGAUCAACAAACUAGUUCUGAUCGUCAAGGUCGCACUGUUUUCGAGAAUGAGGGGAAUCCUGACACCGGUAUCCCAUUGUCACGGAAGAAAGAACGUGGGAAGAAAUCGUUUGGAGAAAAGUCGCAGGCCAACACACCAGAAGGACCUUUAUCUUGGCGCCAGCAAGAUACUCCCGCAUCCGCAUCCGCCUCUCCUCGAUCUAGUGCUGUUCGAGAGUCGUAUGGAAGCCCCCGAGCAUCCCCCCAUGUGUCCGCGAGACGGAAUAUCUACGAAGAGUACAUUACGAGUACACAAGUGGCUGAAGGAUUGAAGGACGGGACGUUAAAGCUGGGUUCUUUGCGUAUCAACAAACGCAACCGUUUUGACUCGUAUGUGAGUGUCAACGACGAUGAACAAGAUAUAUACAUUUGUGGAAUGAAGAAUCGGAAUCGCGCGUUUGAAGGAGAUGUAGUAGUCGUCAUGCUUCUGGAAGGUCAAGAUCUUCAAAAGGAAGUAAAUGGGGAGAGGAAUCGACGAGAACAGAGGAGGAAGAGUAACCAGGAACGCCAGGCCAAGUGUGAUGUCGUCGCGGAGGGUUAUAGUAGCGAGGAAGAACUAGCUCCUGAGGAUGAAGAAGAUAUUGAUGUAGAGAAUCGCGUGUACGGAAAGGUCGUUUACAUUUCGGAACGUCGUCAGGAUCGGUCGUUUGCUGGGACCCUCCAAUUCGAUUCUCCUAUUUCUCAGAUGCGAGAUAGACAUGCUAACCGUGAUCGACCUCCAAAGAUUGUCUGGUUCAAGCCCAGCGAUAAGCGCGUUGCGUUGCUGGCGAUUCCAAUUGAGCAUGCGCCAAAAGAUUUUCUUCAAGACCCGGUGGCUUAUCAAAACAUUCUCUUCAAAGCGGCUGUACUUAGAUGGCCCGCCAGUUCACAGCAUCCUUUUGGUGUGGUCACGGGCACACUUGGACAAAUGGGCGAGAUCUCAAUAGAGACUGAUGCUCUCCUCGUGGACGCAGGAGUUACGUGGGAUGCGUUCUCCGAUGAAGUAUUAGCUUGCCUACCACCAGUUCCUUGGAGUAUCCCACAGGAGGAGUACAGAAAACGUCGGGAUCUGCGCUCAGAGCGCAUUUUUUCAAUUGAUCCGCAAACUGCUCGGGAUCUGGACGAUGCUGUUUCCGUCAAACCAUUAGGAGAUGGAACAUUUGAAGUCGGCGUGCAUAUUGCUGAUGUUACGCAUUUUGUACGCCCAGGAACCGCGUUGGACAAGGAAGCACGACAUCGUGCUACAACCGUCUAUCUUGUCCAGAAGGCGAUCCCUAUGUUACCCAGGCUCCUUUGUGAGGAACUGUGCAGUUUGAACCCUGGAGUAGAACGCCUGGCCUUUUCGGUGAUUUGGAAGAUGAAUUCCUCUGCGAUGGUGAUUGGAACUCCUUGGUUUGGACGAACUAUUAUCAAGUCUUGCGCCAAGUUAAGCUAUGAUCAUGCUCAGAGGCUCAUUGACGGGAAGGACUGGGAGGGACUGCCUCAAGUUGAAAUUAGUGGAAACACGACUAUCGAAGAUAUAAAAGGAGAUGUCCUGCGACUAUACGAAUUCAGCAAGAUGAUGAGGCGACGCAGGUUUGAAAAUGGCGCGUUGUCCAUUCAAAAUGUAAAGUUAUGGUUUGCCAUUGAUGAUUAUGGGAACCCCGUGAGUACGGGAGUAUACGAGAUCAAAGACAGCAACAAGCUGAUCGAAGAGUUCAUGCUGUUGGCGAACAUGGCUGUUGCGCAAAAGAUCAGUAGCCGAUUCUCUAAUUCGGCCUUGCUACGCAAUCAUCGAAACCCUCUGAAGAGGAGUAUGGAUGAAUUUGUAGCUUUUGCGGCCAAAUUGGGAUAUACCAUCGAUUCUUCCACCUCUGCGUCCCUGCAAACCUCGUUUGAAUCGAUACCGCAUGCAUUUCAGCGCUCUGUGUUGCAGCAACUGUGCAUCAAACCAAUGCAGCGAGCGAAAUAUUUCUGUACUGGGGCCAUUGACAUUACAAAGUGGCAUCACUAUGCGCUGAACGUUCCGCUCUAUACUCAUUUCACCUCGCCCAUUCGUCGUUAUUGUGAUGUUAUGGUCCAUCGCAUGCUGGAAGCUGCCAUUGACAACGUCGAGUACGACAUUUACAAUACGAAAGAAGUAACUCUAGUUGCCAAGCAAUGUAACGAUCGGAAAGACGCAAGUAAAGACGCACAAGAAGCUAGUCAAAAGCUUUUCUUGUGUGCAUAUUUGAAGCGAUUGUGUGAAAAGGGGGCCGUCAACGGAACGCAAAGCAAUCAAACAUCGGCGAAAGACGGAAUUUUUGCAGAGGCUAUUGUGUACAAUGUGGGGACCAGAGGUUUUGACGUCUUGGUUCCCAAGUACGGACUCGAAAAGCGAAUUUGGCUUGAGGAUUCAAUCGAGUUGGGCGAGGUUGUUGGGUGUGAAGAGGUCAAAGGGGAAGUUGGCAAACUUCGAAUCUAUUGGAAGAAGGAUAGUAAUGGAAUGGCCGCUGUUAUUGGUAGCUUGGAGAACUUGAACAUUGGAGACGCAGAAGAUGCAGUAGAUAUCAUUUGCAGUGGGAGCGACGCAUCGUCGAAUGGCAAGCCUGAAGGUGAAUCCGCCAACCCUGAAAGUCAUCCCAAUAUUACCCCAUGCAUAUCGUCGAACGACUCCGUAUCUCUUCGUGAUAAUUCGUCGUCUUUGCAUCAAACACCGUCCACCCCCGCCGGUGACGCUAAAGCCACCAAACCCAAACGCCGCACAUUUGAUCCCGCAACCGUGGACACGCAAACUGUGCGCAUAUUUGAUCGUGUGUGGGUGCGAAUUGUGCCUGAUUUGACCAAAAGCCCUCCUGAAAUCCGUGUAUUCGCUGUGAAGCCUGGAAAGGUUGCCUUCAUGGACGAUAUUGGUGAGGAUGCUGUGGGAGUUCAAAUCGAUGUAUCUUGUCCUGGUAUUGUGGACGAUGCAGAAUGAUUGGCCGCUGUAUUCUCCUAUAGACCAAAGAUUUUCUUUCUUGUAUGAAGUUAAUAUUUUUCUGUGCGUAGUGUGUGAAGAUGGGGGAACAUGAUUUUGAAAAUCUGGAAGGCGUUGUGGUUUGCGUGCUCAUAUUUUGUGGCUUUAUUGGCGAAACCCUGUUUGUUGUGUAGAUACCCAAUAUUGUAGAUAUGCGAGAUAUAGAGGUCUUGUUUCGGGUGAGCGUUGCAAAGAACGUUUGCUAUUCCAAAAAAAACCAUAUUUCGCACUUAC